UAUCUAAGAGAUCAAAUUAUUUUUGAGUUAAUAGUUAAUAGAUACACUACCCAGCAAUCUAUAUUUCUCAACUCAAUAUUGUCAAAAAUUUCCAUUCUUUUUGUGACCUAACAUGUACAAAAUUGUUAUAUCCCGGGGUUAGCCACUGCUAGCACUUGGGCCAAAUCGGAGCGUUGAAGAUGUUCUGCACGGAGAGCUGUGAGCAUGGAUGCAAUGCCACAUCCUCGGGCAAGCUGAUCCCUAGUGGAAAUGGCAACGGCACUGGCUUGCAGUCGCAGACGAGUCCACAGCAGCAGUUCAACAUGUGCUACGCUCCACCGUCGAUGCAGCCCAACAUCGAAGUGGGUUGCAGCAAGUGCGAGGUGGAGCCACCGCGGGUGGGAAUGUGCCUGGUCACCGAAUGUCCAGAGGGUCUGAGCAUUGACUGCAACGUGCCCCUGCCCAACUCCUUCAAUUUGGAUGAGUACAAGAACCAGAUGAUCUGCUCCAGCUGUUCACAGUUCAAUGGGGGCUUCUUGGACACCUUCUGUCCGCCACAACCAGCGGCGAACAGUGCGAUGCCCCUUCCCAGUCAUAAUCCCAAUCCGAAUGCCAGUCCUGUCCAGUCGCCUGCUUGCAGCUUUCAGUGCCAGUGCUGUCCCAUCGGAGGAGCCUGCUCCGGAUACGAAACGCUGUCGGCUCCAAAGGCUCCAGUGAGUCCUUUGCCAAAACCACCGGUGACACAUCGACCGGAGCAACCGGUGAUGACGGUGGCUCAGCAGGGGCCCGGAGCCACCGUUGUGCCACCUAUCUUUUGCCUGACAGCACCCACUUCCGAAGGUGGCUUCUAUCAGCCGGAUCACACGCCCGUUUACUUUUGCAGCCUGAUUCCAGUGCCCCAAUCCUGGAACCUGGUGCCCGUGGCGGCCCAUUCGCAGCCUUUGCCGCCGCAGCAGCUAAUGACGAGUCCUGCACAGGACUCGCCGCUGCCGUCGCCGCAAUUGGUGCGAUGUGACCUGCCCUUCACCCGCCUCCUUGCCGAGCUGCGAAGGGAUCGGGAGAGGUCCUGCUGCGAGCUCCAGAUGCCGUCGCCCCUGGCCUUCCAGCUCUAUGCGCCCACGGUUAAGUUUUUGGAUCAGCCAGGACAGAGUCCAGCCAGGAGACAGGCCCCUGAUUCUCCGGUGGCAGCGCCUUGUGACCCACCUCCACCAUCACCACCCCCGGCAGCAACUUCCUCCUCCGCCGCAUUGCCCCGGUCUCGUUCAGCCAGCCCGAAGCGCAGUCGAUCCUGUCUCCGGAACAAGGAUUUGUGGGCCAGUGGUGGCGCCACCCCGAGCCACGCCCCCUAUCCCUCAGCCGCCCAACAUGGUGCCGGCAACGUGUGCAUGAAGUGCGGCAACUGCUGGCACUGUCCGCGCUGCACUUGCUCCAACUGCUUCUGGCAUCCCGGCUUGGGACGAACUCCUCCGAGAGACACGCGAUAGAAAUAGAAGCCUUUAGAAAAAAAUAAGUAUAAAAAUCCUGUUAAAAAUAUUUACUAAGCAUAAGAAACUUGGAACUCUGGAAGGUUAUUAUAGUCAUAAAAAAGCGUUCUUUAAUACUUUCUAA